AUGGCACCGCUGACUCCACACUGGGACCAGCCCUCGCAUCCUGACAUCCAAGAUGUGAUCAUCAACGCGCAUGAAUUCACAUCUAAAAGCCUGUCCAAAAUCUCCCUGCCUCCUUUCGGCUUAUAUGCGAAAUUGGACUUUCCUCCGUGCACCUCCGCCGGGUCCCCGACCUACGCCACAGUCCAGUGCGGCCGGGACAAGCACCUGGACCUGAACAGCGACCUGCUGUACAUCAACCACUCUUGUGAGCCGUCUCUCAUAUUCGACACGGCUAACUUGAACGUUAUCGCGGGGCCGAACGGCCUCAAGACCGGGGAAGAACUGACCUUCUUCUACCCGUCCACAGAAUGGGACAUGGCCCAACCCUUCGACUGCCUAUGCGGCAAGCCGACAUGUCGCGGGCGUAUCAGCGGCGCGAGGGACAUGGCCAAGGCACAGCUUGAGGGCGUCUGGCUGAACGGUCACAUCCUCCAGCUCCUCAGGGAGCGAGAUCUCCCUAAUGCGGGUACCGGCAAGGAAACUGAUCCUGAAAAUGGCACUAGUACUUUAACCGGUCGUGAUCCCUCGACGGAAGUAGGACCCCCUGAGGAUCUUACUGCUCAAGCGCUGAGAGAUGCCUUGAAGCAUGCUGAAAAAGUCGUUGAGGCCGCCAGGAGCGCUCUACAAUCGUACCUUGGUCCAAGGGCAUUAUUGACUCACAACGGGGAAGUCCGUGGGGAGAGGGGCAACACGGACGCCAGCGGAUUAGCUGGGCUCGGUGGAGCUAAUGCUGCCUUAGUCUCCGGCCUAACGAGACGCGGCAUCACAUCACGGGAAUUGAGCGGCGAGAUGGGCGGAGAUACUAUUGCAGUCUCGAUCUCGUAA